AUGCUACUCUCCAUGUGCCUUUUGGGGCAUCUCAUAAUAUAUGGAGAAGCCAAUGAGGCAGAAGUCCUUGGUGACUUUCUUAAGUCCAGAUUGUCAAAGAAACCAUCUCCGACGGUGCAUUCUUGGGCAUGGUUAAAUGAGAAAACUGGGAAUUAUCCUAAUUAUAUUCAGCCUCAAGAUGGAUCCAUGGAGGCUGACAAAAUCGGUGCAUUGCCUGGUCAACCUAAUGUUGUUGAUUUCAACCAUUAUUCAGGAUAUGUGACUGUUGAUUCUAAGGCUGGAAGAGCACUUUUCUACUAUUUUGCCGAGUCCCCCAACAACUCUUCCACAAAUCCAUUGGUUUUAUGGCUCAAUGGAGGACCAGGAUGUUCCUCAUUAAUCGGAGCAAUGACGGAAUUAGGCCCUUUUAGAGUAAACAAUGAUGGCGAAACACUAUUCCGUAACAAUUUUGCAUGGAACAAUGUGGCGAAUGUAAUCUUCUUGGAAUCACCAGCUGGAGUAGGCUUUUCCUAUUCGAAUACUUCCUCAGAUUACCAACAUACAGGUGACAAGAGCACUGCAAGAGAUGCCUAUACCUUUCUUAUCAACUGGCUCGAGAGGUUCCCUCAGUAUAAAACUCGAGAUUUCUACAUUACCGGAGAGAGUUACGCUGGUCACUAUGUGCCUCAGCUUGCUUACACCAUUUUUCUCAACAACAAGAAAGCAAAUCAAACCUUAAUUAAUCUUAAAGGCAUAGCAGUUGGGAAUGGUUGGAUUGACGACCAUACAGGCUAUUGGGGCCAAUUUGACUAUUUAUGGACACAUGCUUUGAAUUCAGAUGAAACUAACAAAGGAAUCCACACCUAUUGCCACUAUUUUAAUGAUAAAGAUCCAAAAGAGUGCGGUGACUUCGUAAUCAAAGCCUAUAAUGAGCCUGGUGAUAUUGAUGGAUAUAACAUUUAUGCCCCACUUUGUCAGCAAGAUUCUUCAUCAAUAAAAAACUCAUAUGAUUCGGUAAACAAUUUCGAUCCAUGUUCAACCUACUAUAUGUCGUCUUAUCUGAAUAGAGCAGAGGUCCAAACAGCUCUCCAUGCUAAGGUUUCAACAUGGGAUCUAUGCAGCGACUCAAUUGAUAGUUGGAUUGAUAGUCCAGCCACUAUCUUACCUAUCAUCAAGAAUCUGAUGACAAGUGGUCUUCAAAUUUGGUUAUAUAGUGGUGACGUAGAUUCAGUAGUCCCAAUUACCUCAACCAGGUAUGCUAUACAGAAACUCAAGCUUCCUGUCAAGGCUGCUUGGCGUCCAUGGUCCACCAACGACGAGGUUGGAGGAUAUGUGGAGGAAUAUGAAGGGCUGACAUUGGUGACAGUGAGAGACGCAGGCCAUUUAGUUCCAAGCUACCAACCAGCUCGUGCUCUUACCAUGAUUUCAUCUUUCCUUCAAGGAGCUUUACCUCCGGCAUGAUCAUUUCAAAGCAACAUCAAUAGAUGAUUGAGCUAAUGAUUUUCUAUUUCAAAUAAUAAUAAUAAUAAUAAUAAUAAAGGUACAUGAGACAAAUAUAUUGUUCGA